AUGGAGCUCAAGAUGGGAAGCGUCCUGCUGUCUCUUCUUUUCUGGUACAAAGCUGUGCUGGCCCUCUCCCCCAGCGAGGAUGAGAGACUGGAGCUGUGGCACAGCAAGGCUUGCAAAUGCGAUUGCCAAGGAGGUCCUAACUUGGUGUGGUCCAGCAGGACUAACAGCUUAGAGUGCAUGCCAGAGUGCCCCUACCACAAGCCUCUGGGCUUUGAGUCCGGCGCUGUCACCCCCGACCAGAUCAGCUGCUCCAACCCCGAGCAGUACACGGGCUGGUACUCCUCAUGGACAGCCAACAAGGCCCGCCUCAACGGCCAAGGCUUCGGGUGUGCCUGGCUCUCCAAGUACCAGGACAACGGGCAGUGGCUGCAGAUUGACCUGAAGGAGGUGAAGGUGAUCUCGGGGAUCCUCACGCAAGGGCGCUGCGACGCCGACGAGUGGAUGACCAAGUACAGUGUGCAGUACCGCACCGACGAGAAUCUCAACUGGGUUUACUACAAGGACCAGACCGGGAACAACCGGGUUUUCUAUGGCAACUCAGACCGGUCAUCCUCAGUGCAGAACCUGCUGCGGCCGCCCAUCGUGGCCCGCUACAUCCGCCUCAUCCCGCUGGGCUGGCACGUGCGCAUCGCCAUCCGCAUGGAGCUCCUCGAGUGCCUGGGCAAGUGUGGCUGAGGCCCCGCCAGCCCCGCGUGGUCCUCUGGGACAGAAAUGAGGAGGUGUCCGC